AUGCUCAUUAUGAGUAACUAUUACUACAUCUUGAGCAGUGCGAAGAUCUAUGUGAAGCAUUUUAAACGAUUGAAAUGUUACAAAACAGUAAAAAAAUGUAGAAAUAGAGAAAACGGUUUUAGUCCUAAAGAAGGAAACUUACGCAUCUUGUCCAGAAUUGCUAAUCGUUCGACAUAUAGAGACCUUUUGCAAGAAACAAAAAAAAAAAAAAAAAUCGCUCAUUUCAAGGACAAGAACAGGGAAAGGGAGACACUUACCCAUGGAACCAGUGCGAAUGACCCUAUUCACAAUUACCUACUCGCUGCAUUUGAAGAAAAGUAUAGGGCAAUCUUAGGCACACUCUCCGUUGCCAAUCUAGAUUCCUUGGAAAGUGAACUUCAAGAUUUUUAUUCCAUCGGAAGAAUUAACUUAAUUGCUGAACAUUAUAAAUCAUUUAGCAGACGUUUGAACAGCAAUUUUGAUUUGCUUUUCAAAUAA